GAGCUUCUUUUGUAUGUUGCCUUUCGCCGAACGGAACGGUCGUGUGGGCUAGCGCGACAGACUGUGCUGGUGCGUUUGUGUGGCGCUGUGGCUGCUUCUACUAACACUGGCUCUGGCUUUCACCAAAGAAGGCGUCGAGCGAGGUUGGUUGUGUUGACAUUGCGAAAGUAAAGGCAGGCGGCCGCAGCCGUAGUGUGCAAAAGGUGCUCCGAAGGAUAGUGUGAGAAAACCCAACCUUCCACACAGCUGGGAGAAGAAUUCCGCGUGAAUUAGUUGCCUGCUGGUUACCUACACGUUAGGCAGUGUGUGUGUGUGUCUAUGUGUGUGUGUGUGGCGACAGUGCUAAACAGUGAAACAAUGCAUCAUCCACGAGUGUCGUCACGGUUCAGUCGCUUCCAUAUGGCAGCAUCAUCCUCCGACAGUAGCGAAAUCAUCCACAGCUCGACCAGCAGUUCCCAAAGUAGGCGCAGCAGCAGCAGCGACAGUAGCAGUAAAAGCAGUUAUCAAAAGUGCAAUCGUCCGCUGUCGACGAGGAUGAUGACGCUUUGGUGGUCGGUGAUGGUCUGGGCCGCCCUGGUAGUUGCGGUCUGUGGGCUUCCCGAGGGUGGCGGAAACUAUCCGGUCGGCAAGUUCCCGUUCCUGAUGCCGAAGGUCGUCCCGUACAAGCCCGAACUCUACCUCUGCACACCGGUGAAGGUGGACUACACCAAGAGCUACUAUAUUGUGGGCUUCGAACCGAACGCCACCAUGGCCACCGCGCACCAUAUGCUACUGUACGGCUGCGGUCAACCCGGUUCCGAAUCGGCUGUAUGGAACUGCGGUGAGAUGGCGGGCGGUAGCGAGGAAAGCGGCAGUCCCUGUGGAAGUGGCGCACCGUCGCAAAUUAUCUACGCGUGGGCCCGUGACGCACCGAAGCUGGAGCUGCCGGAAGGCGUCGGUUUUAAGGUCGGCAAGGACUCGCCGAUCCAGUACAUUGUGCUGCAGGUCCACUAUGCCCACAUCGAUAAGUUCAAAGAUGGAACCACGUACGAUGACUCGGGCAUAUUCAUCCACUACACCACGAAACCACUGUCGAAGCAGGCCGGUGUCAUCCUGCUCGGUACGGCCGGCUACAUCCCACCGAUGGCAACCGAACACAUGGACACGCUGUGCGACAUCCAGGAGGACAAGGUGAUCCAUCCGUUCGCCUACCGCACGCACACGCACAGCUUGGGCCGAAUGGUUUCCGGCUACCGGAUUCGAAAGGACGACGCCGGCACCGACCAGUGGACGCUGCUCGGCAAACGUGACCCACUGACGCCGCAGAUGUUCUAUCCGGUCGAGAGCCGGGAUCCGAUUCGCAAGAACGAUCGACUCGCUGCCCGCUGCACCAUGGAGAGCAAUCGGACGCGCAUCACGAAAAUUGGUGCCACCAACGAGGAUGAAAUGUGCAACUUCUAUCUGAUGUACUACGUGGAGAACGAUGAACCGCUGCAGAUGAAGUACUGUUUCAGCAACGGGCCGCCACUGUUCCGCUGGAGUAAUCGUGAAACGGAAUUAAAUCACAUCCCCGAUUACGAUUCGAGCCAUCUGUAAGGCGUGUGUGCCGGGGCUAGGGCAUGGACGUUAACAGUGACCACAAGCACACAUGGAAGCUGCCGGCGGGUCGGUACUUGGAAUGAGAAGACAAUGCGGAUGGUAUUCCCAGUACUGGGACGCUCGGUCCAUUUUAUUAGGUGGUCUUGCUGCUGCUGCUGCUGCUGAUGUGCUGAAACUCAACAUUCAACAUUCUCUCUGAUUCACUUCCCCCCACUUCUCUCUUUCCUUAUGUCUCCACAUUCCCUCCCUGAGAAACACACACACGUACACAGAUACAUAUUGUACAGUCGAAUUGGCUGACCCAGGUCCUAACUAACCAGUGCGAGGAGAGCUAUAUUUUUCGAGGAAAAUGCUAAACUUCAAAGUACGAAUUUUCAUAUCACACAAUUUUAACCAAACGGACGGACGGACGGAUGGACGGACGCGCGCACGUGGUUUGCGUAAAGAGCACGCAUAAAUACGCAUUUAUACUAUACACAUAUUAUCGAGCAAACUCCAUCGCUCUAUCUCCCUUCUGCUGCAGCAAGAGAGUGUAGUGAGAUGAACGAUUCUAAUAAUCCCAAUUUUAAUAGGCGAAUGCAAGGAUAGAAGGGACAAGCGGCACAAGGAACAGGGAAGCUAGUCAUGCUAGUCACAUGGGAAUUUGGUUUCACGUACGUCACGCUUUCCUUUGACCACGCUUGUUGUUCAGUUCACUUGUUUUGGGCAAUGUUACUGCAUAGAGCCGGGAGCGGGAUGAUAAAGAGACUUUAAUGUAUGCAAUCGAUGGUACAAGAAUGAUGCAGAACGGAACGGUUACUUAAAGGGCGAGGUGUGGGGUAUAUUUUACAAUCAAUCUAUUAUACACAAACAAUAGAAAGUUGUUAAAUUUUACGCAUGAAUGUUGCUAGUUGCAGAUGUAUGUGUAUGUGUCCCCAGACGUGCCUGAAAGGGGGCGCUUUGGGAUCGCAUAGUGAGUGAAUGUUAUUGAUGGGAUUUAUUAAAAAAAUGGAUGUGAUUAGAAUGACCAGAGCAGUGGUGUGCUAAACAAAGAGAGGGAGGGAGAGAGGGAGAGAGAGGGAGAGAGAGAGAGAGAGAGAGAGAGAGAGAGAGAGAGAGAGAGAGAGAGAGAGAGAGAGAGAGAGAGAGAACGUAAUCUGAAUUGAUCCUAUCCGGACAAAUGCAAAGCAAAAUGUCCUUUAUGAAUUAUUUAUGCGUGUUGUUAGUAGGUUAAGAACUAGACACAGGUAGACUCAGACUUCUUAUCCUCUCUUUCGACUAACGAUUUCAUUUGCCAACACAAUGAGCAAUCACACCGAGAGAAGGUGGUACAUUCCUUUUACGAUUUACACACUUGCAUUUAUUUUCAUGCCAUGGUGCAACAAACAAUUUCUCAAAAAAGCUUUAUGACUCUCCAAUCUUAUGAUCCGAUCCGAUGAAAAGCUGGCAGACCAUUUUGUAUUUCCGCAAACGUACCACACACACAUACACACAUACAUACACAAAUGAAAGGAAGACUCUUCUGUAGUGUUGUUCGUUUUGUAGAUAAUUGUAACAUUAUAUAAAGCAAAAACAAUGUGUAAGGACUAUAAGCAAAGUAGCUCUCCCCCCCCCCCCCCCCCCGGGCCACGUGAGAAAAGCGGCAUCGUCCCCUCCCCAUAUAUAGCCGUCUUUUAAAAAAACAAAAACAGCUAUCCUCAAGUAAGAUAAAAUAAUAACUGUGGUAGAGAGAAUGAACACAUGAACAUAUGGUGACUUUCUGUGCCCCGGUGUAGAUCCGUACUGCUGUUUGUUGUUGCCAUCCUCUCAGGCAUCAUAAGGUGGGCAGUCAGACGCAAAUCAUGAAACAUAAAGACUUUUCUUAGAAACCCGAACUUUCGAGCACACGAUCAUCAUUCAAACACGAUCGCGGUUUUGGAAGGGCAAGUAGAGAGCUCGAAACGCGUCAAACGAACGUGGGUGAUUGUUUUGAGCAUAUUAUAUGAUAAUACAAAGCAAAUGAGACAGGAACCACCUAGAGAGAGAGAGAGAGAGAGAGAGAGAGAGAGAGAGAGUAUGAGGGUGCGGGAAGCGUGUGUGUGCAGUGAAAUUAUGUAUAGGGUAAAAUAUCUGUAUCAAACAAACAAAAAACCACACGAAGAUCAGGAAAUUUAGAGGGAAACAUAUAGAACAUGAUAGUGAGAAAUGCAUAUACACACUUACACCGAUAACACACAAUUGCGUAGACAGAAAGGACAUAUUAUAUAUACACCCUUCCCUCCCCUCCAACCACUAAACAAGGUACCAUAUAUAUAUACAUAUACACACACAGCAUACACACUAUAAAUUAUAUAAAAUUAUAUACAUUCGUCGUGUCGGAAGAAACUACCAUUUUAUUCAAAGUACCAGCAAAUGGUGUGGGCACGAAGACGACAAUGGAAUCGUGCAAAAACUAGGGACUUGUAACUUGGCUGCUUUUAAGAAGAAACACCCUCUCCCUUAAGAAAAGACUCUGAAAGAUUAGUGCAUUUAAUACAUUUUUUGUGUAUGAUUUCUGUGUUCCUGAUGCUCCCCUUUAUUUUCUCCAGUUUGCAACUGGAAUGAUUAGUUCAGUUGAAUUCCAUUAUUUUACAGACACAAUGUAGUACACACGUGGGAUUUGUAUGCAAACAAAAGAGUAGAGGUUUGCAAUCAAUAAUAAUAAUUAUCAUCUUGAUGCGGCACCACCUGUAAGUGUGGUGCCAGGCAGGGUCCUGUACAGUGCAGUAAUCUCUAACGUAUGUAAAUCCUUUAUUAAAACAGCAUUGCACAAUAAACAGGAAGAGAUACAUAUAUUAUUCAUAUUCAUAGAA